AUGACACUGGGUUGUGUCGAAACGGGUGACACUGUUUGUCAAACAGUACCUUGUUUACCGUCUCGAAUCAAAUGUAAUAUAACAACAGCCAAAGAUGAUAAUAACAAUAACAUUCAACACUCACUGGAAGACGAUGACGAUGUAACAAGUCUAAUGUCUGCUCUUGGUCUGAAAUUAAAGCAGCCACAUAAACCAGUCGAAACAUCGUCAGUAUCACUCAUUCCAGUCACAUUACCUAUCAUUCCAUUCAAACGUCGAACUCGAAAAAAAAAUUCAAAUGGAAGGAGUGAAGCCAUACCUCUAUGCCUAUUGCGUUUAAAAAAAUAUAACGUUCGAGAACUAAUUCAUCAUGUUGUGACGGAUUUGAAAAAGAUAUCUAUUGUGAAACAUUAUGAGAACUAUUGCGUUAUCGACAGUUUAAAAAUACUCCACAAACAAACAAAAAGAUCGGUAGAGAAGAAUUCAAGGAGACUUGUUUGUCCCUCACACAGUCAAUGCGUAUUAAGACCUAAACAUAAAAAAGGUAAUGGAUUAAUGUGUUUUACAAUAACGGGAGCUCUUAGAAACUUAAAUUGUGCGAUAUUGCCGAUUGAUGCCAUCGAACAUUAUAAAGCAUGUAUUUAA